AUCGGUAAGGAAUGGAGGUCCCACGGGACAACAAGCACGUGAUCUACGCUGCCACGGGACGUCAGCGGCAGAUGGCGUGGGUAUACCCACUCUGGCAGUUGGCAUGAGUGUCAUUUCUCAAAGAGAGAGGGAAAGGAGAAGAGAGGAAGAGAAAGAGGGAAGAGGUACAGAAGGCUUCACACACUCACACACACACACACAAACGGAGACAGCAUCGCGUGAUCUCAUUGUGUGUUGUGCAGGAGGAGAGAGUGCAGGACGGUAUUCUGAAGGAGAUAUUUGGUGCCAUGUCUGCUGCCCGCUGACACAGCCAGAGGAAAAUGUUGACAUUGCCCAUUGAUGAACCAGCUAUGAUGUGUGAGCCACGGUUCGGUGCGAAUUACCCCCGCGAGACAUUACCUGAGGACCUGGCGCGGGAUAUCGGCCGGCGGGACAGCAUGCACGAGGAUAUGUCCAACUCGGACAUGCGUGAGGAUGAUCUGCUGGAGGACGAGGACCUCUCCGAGAGAGAGGAGGACGAGGACGAGAGGGAGGAGGACGAGCCCGACGCCAACGGGAUAGCCAAGACGCGGGGGCCCCGGAGGAAGAAGCCGUCCAAGGGGCGCCACGAGCGGGUCAAAGUUCGACGGCAGGAGGCGAACGCGCGGGAGCGGAGCCGCAUGCACGGCCUGAACGCGGCGCUGGAGAGCCUGCGUAAAGUGGUGCCGUGCUACUCCAAAACCCAGAAACUCUCCAAGAUCGAGACGCUCAGGCUGGCUAAGAACUACAUCUGGGCUCUGUCCGAGACUCUGAGCGCGGGAAAGAGGCCGGACCUGCUCGCCUUCGUGCAGACCCUGUGCAAGGGCUUGUCCCAGCCCACCACCAACUUAGUCGCAGGGUGUUUACAGCUGAACGCCAGAAACUUCCUCACCGACCACAACGGGGAUGUCAUGUUCUCCGCAAGGCCCCCCCCUUACGACUCCAUGUACCCCUACCCCGGCUCCGAGGCGAGCGCCCCGCCAGGCCACAGCAGCAGCGGCGGCGGUACCGCGGACAGCGCCAAGCCCUUCCGCCACUACAACUACGGUGGUGCCGCGUACGACGCCGGCUACUACGAGAACGCGUCCCCGGAGGGCGGGAGUCCCCACCUGGACGGGCCGCUCAGCCCGCCGAUGAACUUCAACGGGAUCUUCUCGCUGAAACACCACGACGAAGCGUCCGAAUACAGCAAGAGCAGUCCUUACGGGAUGCGCUACUGCGGUGCGCCAGGCCGCGCCGCGCUCGGGCAGAACUCCAUGUAUCGAGGGGGGGGCCCCGAGGCCCGGUUCCCCUACGACCUGCACCUCCGCGGCCAGCCCUACCAGCCGCAGGCCGAGAUGCACGGCGCUUUCCACAAUUGAUGGAGAGUUGGGAGCACAGGUUUUCAACAACGGGGAUGUAUGCCACGUUUUUAGAGAGGAGUUAAGAAGAGAGGGACUGUUGACACACGAAACACAUGAAUGAGAAGAAGAGAUAAAACAGGUUUUAUUGCGUUUGAGUUUGAUUUUGUGGUGCAACUUCUGGUUGGGUUGUCUGGUGUAGGCUGGUCUACGUCACUUUUACUUGUAUGCCUUUUUGGACACUGUUAAGUUUUGAGAGAAACUCUGAGAAACUGCUUGAGAGAUGAAAAUGAAUUACACACACACACACACACACACACACACACACACACACACACACACACACACACACACACAAGCUGUGGAGCAUAUAUUAGAGUUUGGUGGUAAUAUCCAGUGCACAAUAUAGGCCUAACUAUUCGGAAAAUAUCACAAUUCUUAUACGAGGCAUCAAAAUGA